AUGAGCAAUAAAAGACUAACAAAAAUUCAUUGGUGUCCUCAAUGUCAUAAUUCUUUACGACCAAUAUUUCAACGUGAUAUUAAUUUAUUAUUGUUAAAAUGCCGUUGUUGUAAAUUUUCACAAGAAGCUACCGAAGAAUCUUAUAAAAUAUUUUCAAAGAAUUAUACGAACGAGAUCAGAGAUCUUAAAGAUGAAAUUACACAAGAAACAUUAAAUGAUCCAACUAUGAAAAGAUCAUUAAUUAAGUGUGAUAAAUGUUUUCAAUUAACAGAGGCAGUAGAAUACCAUGCAAAUAUUGAUGUCUAUGAUAACGAUGAAGAUUAUUAA